AUGGGAACGCGCUGGUUCGCAGUGUGGGUGCUCUUCGUCUGUUUUAUCGGCGACGCGCGGCCGCAAUACAGAGAUAAAAAUAUAAGCACGGCGGAGACAGACGCGGUACAAGCGCUCUUGGCCCGUUACCUUCAGCGUCGCCUUCAAGGCUCUCAGCUGUCGACGCCGCCGCCGCCGUCGGUCCUCUUCAGUAGCGAUCAUCGGGCCCGCGUCCGACAGGCCACUCAGAGAGGUCCACCCAGCAACAGUCUUGUCUCGCGAAAUGUCAGCGACAAUGACGGGGACCACCGUCCCGUCCCUGAGGAUUACGACGAUUAUGAGGACGACCUCGAGGGCUACGAGGACAGCGAGAGGAGCAGAACCAGAUUCGAUCUCUUGGCGGACGACUGUCCAAACUGCGUGGACGAACAUAGUAGCAGCUUGGCGGCUUCAAGAUGGACGAUGCCUUUACUGAAGCUGGGCGAGAAGAGAUACUACCUGGGGAUCUUCUUCAAGGCGAACUGGUACAGAGCUUCGCAAUACUGUCGUUAUCACGGGAUGCAUCUGGCGAGUAUAGCCUCGCAAGAGGAGAAUGAUAGACUUGAGAAGCAUAUCAAGGACUUCGGUCUCGGCCACGAGCAUUUUUGGACCUCUGGCACCGACCAGGCCGAGGAGGGGACUUUUUUCUGGAUGGCCAACGGUAGGCCGAUCACGUUCGAGAAUUGGAACGUCGGUGAACCAAAUAAUUUCCGAUAUGAAAACGGCGAAGAGGAGCAUUGCCUGGAGCUCUGGAACAGGGACGGAAAAGGACUCAAAUGGAAUGACAGUCCCUGCAGCUUCGAGACUUUCUUCGUCUGUGAAGUGCAGUGAUCAAUUCGCGAAAAAGACCGGAGAAAGGGACUAAACGCCCGGGAAUAUUUGUGAGCAAAUCACCGGUUUGCGGCGUGUCCUCAAGGUGAUCCUCAAGGAAACUGCGCGUGACGUUCUCAUCGGCCGUCCGUUCGUUUCAGUGGACUUAGUAAGGUAGAGAGAGACUUGACGUGACAUGUGCGCUCGGACUGAAAAUGAUGCGUGAUUAGUCGGUCGCUACCGUUGUCACGUUUCACGUGUCCUGAAUUCACGAGUGUGUGCGCAAGACGACACUCGAUUCAGUCGGUCCUUUUUGUGAAAAAUCACCAGGCGACAAACCGAGCGUUGAAUAAAUUCGCAGUGUCGGACGAUAAAAACGAUUUGUUCGUCCCUUGCGCAGAGGCAGCUCCAGGCAAAGUGCUUGACACUAAAUUAUACAACGUAUUUGAUACUCACAGAUUUAGAGUCUCGUUUGAAAUUCAAAGACUAAUAGAUAAUUAACAUAACUGUUUUUAAAAGCAGGAAAGAUAAGCUUUAGAAAUUUUUUACAUGUUCAUGUUUUAAGCAAAUAUACAUGUCUUUACAUAAAUUUUUAGAUAUGUGACUAUUGGUACAUUUCAUAUACUUCUUAUUGUUCAUAUCUUUUCUAAAAUUUAGUUUUACCUCUGCUUACCAAGAUCUUACAAGUCACUGCGUGAAAUCUCACAAGUCAAAGCGCGAUCGAAGGAUCGACUGGCUAACGUUUUGCUAUACCUUUGAUGACGCAUGGUUUUGACAAAUAUACCUUGAUUAAGAAAUUCUUUGAUAAAAAGCAUAUAUUAAUAUACGUAUUAUAGAAAUGCAAGCAUUCGUAAUUAUUGGAUACAUAGAUUAGCCAAUAUAUCUGCAAGAAAUUAUUCUUGCAAGACAUAAAUUCUUGCAGAUACGUUCUUUAUUAUCCAAUCAAAUUAGACGAUUAUUUAGCAAUUAAAGGAACGAUUGAAUCGAUUUGUCGAUCUUACAUAUAAAAUACAUAGUUAAGUCGAAUAAUCUCUCUUCGACGUUUACUAAUUUCACGAGUGUGUGCUAAACUCCACCAUACUUUAGUUCUUUGUAUCUUAACAUAUACAUACGUAAACUGUAUAUAUUUACGUCGCACAUUAGAUAAUGACUUGCUGCAAGUAACAUUGCUAGUAGUACGAACAAACCAAAAGACUCUCUCGUGAUGCUAUACUGUUCGAAGUGCAGUCGUUCACUUGCUUACUGUGACAUUGCGUCAGAUUCCUAAGUAAAACGCCUCGUUAGCAGCGACCGUGACCGUCACCGAUUUUAAUCAUUUAUGAAAAUGAGGAUCUUAAUCAUUUAUAAAAAAUAAUAGUCUAAUAACAGACUAUUUACUUUUGUAGUUUUUCGUAUCAUUGAAAAUUUCAGAUAAAAUACAAAAUGUUUAACUUGUAUUUCAUCUGUCUCUGAAAGCUAAGAUUUUUUAACUCCUAGAUAUACAAAUUCGAAAGCUAUCUUUAUACUUUCCGAAGAACGAUGAGCUUUUUGAAUUUGUCGAUACUUAAAAUCAUGGAAUUCUCGUGACGUCUGCAUUUUAAGUUUUUCUACGUAAUUCGAAGAAGAUAUUUGUGUAUCAAAUUCGAUAAUUUAAAAAUCUCAAUCUUUAUUUCUUAAAAUCCUUCCUUAGCAUGGCGCACGCGAAUCUCUAAUUUUACUUUUAUAAUUGGAGACGAGCGGCAUGUAUGAAUGAAACUAUGGCUCGUUUGGUAUCAUAAUGGUCACGAUCUACGUUAAUUGGGUCACAGUAUAAAUGAGCAUCGUGAUAGAUCUCGUUUGGACAAUAGGUAGCCUUCAUGGCAAAUGAAACGAGGGUUCAUCGUUAUGUUCUAUAUAUUCUAUGUAUUCGCCGUCAAAAUUUACAGAAAACGGCGUUAUACAUGGCAUUAUUUAGCGUUAAAUAAUAAAAUCAAAAUUAUUCUCUGAUAUACUUGCUCUCGCCUGCGUUUUAUCACAAGUUUAAGGGUUUCAUUAUUUUAGCCUAUUAAAAUAUUAAUUAAUGCAUCCAAUCGUUAACGCCAAAUUUCCUGACUAUUCUUUUUUCCGCCCUUAUUACGGUGAAACGGAUAACAUUUAUGAACAAUACAUUUUUAUAUUAAAUUUAAUUUGCGAAAUUUGGUGCUGGAUUGUGUAUCAUGCGUUUUGUUAAUUAAUUAAUUCGUUUAUUACAUUUUCUGAUUCAACGCUAAAUACUACUGUUGCAUUUCCGGAAUUACGACAGUAAAAUAUUGGUAGUUGUAAAUUAUUUAUAUUGAACGGGAGAAUUGGAAAAUGUGAAAUACAAUUUGUUAUUUUAUUUCACGUUAUGUACA